AAUACUCUUUUUAGAAUUUGGUCCGAUUUUAAAUGGCAAUAUCGAAGAAGUAAUUUUAUCUUAUCGGUAAAAAACAUAUUUUAAUUUCGUGGCAUUCAAGCACCAGUUAGUUGACUUUCUUGGCAAGGUUUGGCUAUAACCUCAAGCAAUAUCUACUUUACUGGAGUAGUUUUGUCAAAAGCAGUAUAUGGGACUGGCGGGAUCAUUAAAACUGUCACUGUUUUAAAUAUAUGGGAAAAGAUCACAGGUAAUCUUCCGUUCCUAAAAUUCGGCUCUAUUUAUCCCGCUUGUCAUGAUUUCCUGGUUUUACCGUUUAGAUGCGUUACUUUGAUGAUGCACAAUAGUUGUUAAAUGAAAAAUAAGAAUAGGAAGAGACACAGAAAGGGUAUUGCUUUUUGUCAAAAUUUUUGCCUGUCAGUACACGACAUGCGCUAGGAAAAAAACUUAUUAAAUAUAACCACAGAGGAGACAGUUAUCACAAGUGCUUUAUAACAGAAACAAGUAAUACAUUUUACAAUUGCUACUAAAUUACGACUACUCCUUUCCUUGUGCGUAAGUCAUUUACGCAAAUUUAUAAAUACAGAGACACCUCGUAAACAAAAAGCAGCCGUUAUUAGCAUAGGAACAUGUUUAUAGUUGUAGAAACUGAGUAAAUUACUCGCGAUUAUUGAAUAUAACUGCGGUUGGGAAAAUUGUAUUGUUCAAAAGAAUUUUAUGGCAUGGAAAUUAUCUUUGUCAUUUAAAGAUAGUCAAUAGGCAACCCUGCUGGGUAUGGACUCUUUUGUUAGCCAUAGCUAGGAUUGAAACACCGCUAGUUUGUUUAUUAUAAUGGUUUUUACUUUCUAAGUGAUUUUUAAACGUGACAUGUAAACUGUUAUAUCGAAUGUAAUUUCAUCAACUUAAAACAUGUAACUUUCAACUGGCUGAUACAAUUUUCCAUCUUAGUCGCGAUAAAGCGUUUCGAUAGGUUUCGUGUCAGUUCCAAGAAACAAUCUCAAUGAAACCAAACUGAAUGCGUAGGGCCAUGGAUCUUAAAGACUACUACCGCCAUCUAUGUAAAUAACGAGACGAGUAAAAAUGUAGAGUCCUAAGAAUAUUUAUUAAUUACGGCUUAAAAUUAAAGAAACCGGUAUUAUUUUGUUAUCAAAACACCCUAUAAGUACAAAAGAGACAAUUAUUUGUUAUUGUUAUGCUCUAGUACGAACAUUGCGUUUACCCAUUACAGUAAGAACCGAAGCAUGGAACAAUCACGCGCAGCGCGGUACCUCUUAGUUCUAGACGCGGCUUCAAGAUGGCAGCACCUGUUUUGUGUGUGUUGCUACUUGCUCUACAAGUGGUGUGCGGCAGUGAACAUUACAGAAGCGAUAAUUUAAUGGACCGGCUGAGCAGUGGAAUGAAAUUUGCACAGAAUUUACUUGGAUCAGAAUCAGUGGCAUUAAAAGUAGCCGAGUUCGUCGUAAGAGCUUUUCAAACAGGAAACAAAUCGUCUACAAAUCGCAGAUGGCCACAAAACGAAGUCCAUAGCGAGGAUUCUUCGUACAGUGAAAGCGAUACCUAUUCCCAUGAUAAAGGACCAGACUAUGACGUCAAUGAAAUUCACAGUCCGAUGACACCUCUUCGUCAAAUAGUAAAACUGUUUGGAUUGCAGCCGAGCCAAAUAAGUGCGGUAGCUGUCAAUGCUUUGGUGUUCGUUGCACAAAUGAUAUCUACAUUCUUAUCGGGACCUCGUCGGCCAGGUAAACCAUAUAGAUCAGACGACCCCACGACAUGGAUUCUAAACAAAAACUCGAGGAACCUCCAGGACUUGAUAGCAGCCGCUAAGAACGAAUCCCUUCCUGACACUAUCGAUGACUUAAUCAAACAGCAAGGCACUGAAGAAGAAACAAGUUGCAUCCGACUUUUAGUAUGCAAAGUCACACCAUUUAUUUCUAGAAUGCAGAACACAGUAUUUGGGAAAGAAGACGGCAAGAAGGAUGAACGGUCCUCAAACGAACUCCACGGUGCGGCAAUCAUGUACCGCCAUCUACCGACAGCAGAUGAAAUUAAAACGAGAAACGACAUUUGCGAGCAACAGCACAGAGAUUGUAAUCUCAAUGAAUGAAAACUCGAAUGUAGUGAUAAUUUAUUGUUUUAUAGCAUUUUAUUGUUGAUAUUUAACUAUCUUAUACUCCUUUUUUUAUAAUUACCUAUUACUAUAGCUUUAUAUCUAGAUUGUUGAAACUGUAUGAUUUGCUUAACGAUAGAUUUUUGUAGAUGUAACUAUAUUUGAACUACCUUGAUCAUUUUUGUAGGGAGUUUUUUACCUAAAAUAAAAUCAUUUUUGAUGUGGUCCCGUCAAUUUUCAACUGCUGGGUGAACAGCCCUAUUCG